GACGUGAAGUAAACAGUUCCCCGGGAGGAGCAGUGAGGAACAGGGUAGCGCUCUCGAUGUUAGGUGUAUUUAUGUGAUUAACGCACUUCAAGAUGGCAACGCCGAAGCAAGUAUUAAAGAGUGUUGGCCCCAAGCUGGUGCCAUUUUUCAAGACGGUAGCGAUCUACUUCGUGCUCUUCAUCCCGUCAGACCAGCCUUCCAUCUUUGCCAUGGUGAUAAAGUGUCUGCCGGGUCUGUCUCUGAUUGCCUUCGUUCUGCUGCACGGCAUGAGCCUCGGGGAGGAGUAUGCUUACUCCAGAAGAAUCUUGCUGGGACUGAUCUUUUCUGUGCUGGGUGAUGCACUGCUCAUCUGGGAAGAUUUCUUCAUCCAUGGCCUGGGAUCGUUCCUAAUUUCACAGAUAUUAUACAUCUCUGCCUUUGGCUUCCGACCGUUUAAUAUUUAUGUUGCCACUGUCGUCUAUUCUCUCACAGCCCUAGGAAUUUACCUUCUACUGCCAGGCACAUCUGGGCUUGUGAGCUUUGGUAUGCCAGUCUAUGUGUUCCUCCUAAUGACAAUGGUGUGGCGAGCAGUGGCCAGGGUGCAACUGUUUGAAGAACUGUGGACUUGGACAAAACUGUGCUCAUGUGUUGGAGGGAUUCUGUUUGCUGUGUCAGAUGCUGGUAUUGGUUUCAAUGCAUUCUAUUGCCUUAUACCUCAUUCACAGGCCAUCAUAAUGGUAUCAUAUUAUGCAGCCCAACUGGGAAUCUCACUCAGUGUUGUUGAUAGUAAAGCAAGCUAUCUGGACUCAGUGCGGGACAACAAGAUAAAGAAAGUGCAGCAGUAUAUGCCAAGUGACAGCGAAGAUGAAUCAUUCAUGGACAAACGAGUUACUUCAUCGUGUUACUCCAGGGCUUCCCUCUGUGACUCCACAAAUCUCCUCAGUCACCGACAACAGGCACAUAGUCUAAGUAGUAUGCAAUGAGCAUAGGUUUUAUAAUUCUUAUGAGGCUUAAAUAUGAUCCCUUCAAAUUGAAUUGGUGUAUAUGAAUUUAAUGUAAUGUAGGUAGGGUCCCAUUGGUAAAAUAGCAUGGUAGGUGUUGAUUUAUGCAGUUAAGCAAGUGUUGACUGACUUAAAUUUUUCAAACAAUGUGGGCAAGACCUUCAGGUUUGUAUCCCCACCCAUAUAUGUAAGUGUAAUUUAGAGUAGAGCAUCCUUAAAAGACAGCUCAUGGUGUGACACAUUUUGUCAGAUCAAGUGUGUUAGUAGUACAGUAUUAAGCUUCACUUCCAAAUGACAAGAUCUGUAGGUGUACAGGUACAUAGACAUGAGCACUUAAGCCCUUCUAGUUUUUUAAAGCUCUGUACUUAUGACUUGAAUGAUUGUUGUGCUUUUUGGUCAGUUUAUAUCAGAAUUCUUAAUGCAACCACCUGCACCACAAAGUGUGUUUCAUGCUCAAGAAUCGAUUUGGCUUAAACAGAACAAAACAAUUAAUUUUUCUCGUACUCUAAACCUUGUUUUCACAUGGAUUUUUAUUUUAAUUUUGGUAGCACAUACAGUACAGUACUGUUUUUAGUACUGUAAUUGUAAUUCCCUUGAGGUACUGUACAAUUAGAAUUGUUUUUCUCAGUUAAUAAGGCAAAGACACACUGCUAUCAGUAGCCUACAAAUAAUUCAGGCUUUGGAAUAUACAAAAAGAACACAGCAACCAGAGUAGAAAGGAGGGUUAAAACAGUGGCUAUAGAGGUGGUGUAAUGUUUUGUUAGGGCACCACAGCUAUUUUGAGGCCAAUGGUUGCCAUGGCUGCUGUGAAAUUCCAACCUUAGUCAUGCAAUAUUACUAAAAAACGGUUGGUCCAAUAUUUAGUUUUAGUUUGUUCUUUUAUCCUCUUCACUAUUGACUGGCUCGUUAGCCACUUGGGCAAUCAGUUACGUCUCUGUUACACACUAUUGGCAAGUACUGGGCAUGCACCGUCUCCUGCAUGUAUCUGAACCUGCUCCA